UCGGAGAAGACCGUCCAUCAAUCGUUAUCAACCAGUGCUGCGAAGAUGAGUUCCUCCGACGACCUCGCCGGUGGAAAGAAGACUUCGUGGCCGGAGGUGGUCGGGCUGACCAUCAAGGAGGCCAAGGAGAUCAUCCUGAAGGACAAGCCCGACGCCGACAUUGUCAUGGUGCCGGUCGGCUCCGCCGUGACCGAGGACUUGAGGCCCAACCGUGUCCGCAUCUUCGUGGGCACCGUCGCCGAGACCCCCCACGUUGGAUAGGUGGAUAGCUCUUGCUGGCUUGCUGUGGCCUGCAUACAUACAUGCUGGCUCACGAAUAAAUGAAUAUGGAGAAAUAAAGAAGUAUGCAAGUCAUGUGUGCUUAAUCGGUCCUUAAAGUGUGCUUAAUCGGUGUUGUGGCAAUUUUUAUUUUAUUUUAACUCGUUUUGCCAAUUUGUAUCGAACUAUGUAUUUGAUGACUACUUCGUAUAAUAAUAUGGAUGCAUGCACCAUUUUGAUGCA